AUGUACACACUCUAUGCUAUUGAAAGUCACCAAAUCUACGCAAGACCAGCGCCAGUCGAGACCGACCAAAGUCAGACAAGAGACGCACAAACUAAAGCAGAAGUGAAGAAGCGCGGCGGCGUAUGCUGGCCCAACACACCAAGGCAAGCCUUCCCGCGCUGGUUCUUUCACAAGGGGUACAAAGGUCAGCAAGGCCCCGUUCCUCACCUCAGCGUCUCUCGUUUAUCCAGAAGCACCUCUCUCGCCUCUUGCUCCCGUCUUCCCCGUCUCUAUCUCUUUUUUGCCCUCUCAUUUCCAGCAUUUGCGUGCGUUGGCUCUCUCGACUACGUCUCAUACAAAUCCAAGCCCGAACUACUGGGUUCGAUUUCUCUUACACCUUCCCUGGGUUGA